AGGGGAACUUCCAGUCUCGCCAGCAGAGGGCGCGCCCCCGCCCUCCGGACUCAGUAGGCUUCUAGGCUCCCAUGCUCGCUCCCGAGCGCGCCCCCGUCCGCCGCAUCACGUGAUGCGGCCACGGAACCUGAGCUGCAGGGCCUAAGCUGAGUUAAAUUCGUUGCCGGUGGCCGCUGUGGGUGCAACCACAAAGGCUAAUCCGAAGAAGUCGGGGAGUCCGUUAGAGUCGAUGCUUCCUCCUCGAAGUCAGGUCGGCUCCUGUUACCGUCUCACCAUUCGUUGCUCCUGUCUCUCUGAGCUUUUGCAUGAGCUCUUUCGUGUGGGGAAGCUCCAGUGACCAUGUAGGGGAAAAAAGCGAGGAAGCUCCGGUGCCUAGGACGAGGUYAACGCUGCCGGCACGCCGCCCGAGCGCCCUGAACACCCCGGGUACGGGCCACUGGGCCCGUGGGCCCUGGUGGGAACUCGGGCCUCCUGUUGUGGCCUGGCCCGGAGCGCCACGAAUUCUCGCCUCCUCUCGCGAGAGUCUAAGUUGAAGGAACAUGGCGACGUCUAAUCUGUUAAAGAAUAAAGGUUCUCUUCAGUUUGAAGACAAGUGGGAUUUCAUGCGUCCGAUUGUUUUGAAGCUUUUACGCCAAGAAUCUGUUACAAAACAACAGUGGUUUGAUCUGUUUUCGGAUGUGCAUGCAGUCUGUCUCUGGGAUGAUAAAGGCCCAGCAAAAAUUCAUCAGGCUUUAAAGGAAGAUAUCCUUGAGUUUAUUAAGCAAGCACAGGCACGAGUACUGAGCCAUCAAGAUGACACAGCUUUGCUAAAAGCGUAUAUUGUUGAAUGGAGAAAAUUCUUUACACAAUGUGAUAUUUUACCGAAACCUUUUUGUCAACUAGAGAUUACUUUAAUGGGUAAACAGGGCAGCAAUAAAAAGUCAAAUGUGGAAGAUAGUAUUGUUCGAAAGCUCAUGCUUGAUACAUGGAAUGAGUCAAUUUUUUCAAAUAUAAAAAACAGACUUCAAGAUAGUGCAAUGAAGCUGGUACAUGCUGAAAGAUUGGGAGAAGCUUUUGAUUCUCAGCUGGUCAUUGGAGUAAGAGAAUCUUAUGUUAACCUUUGUUCUAAUCCUGAAGAUAAGCUUCAGAUUUAUAGGGACAAUUUUGAGAAGGCAUAUUUGGAUUCAACAGAGAGAUUUUAUAGAACACAGGCACCCUCAUAUUUACAACAAAAUGGUGUACAGAAUUAUAUGAAAUAUGCAGAUGCUAAAUUAAAAGAAGAAGAAAAACGAGCACUACGUUAUUUAGAAACAAGACGAGAAUGCAACUCUGUUGAAGCACUCAUGGAAUGCUGUGUAAAUGCCCUGGUGACAUCAUUUAAAGAGACUAUCUUAGCGGAGUGCCAAGGCAUGAUCAAGCGAAAUGAAACUGAAAAGUUACAUUUAAUGUUUUCAUUGAUGGACAAAGUUCCUAAUGGGAUAGAGCCAAUGUUGAAAGAUUUGGAAGAACAUAUCAUUAGUGCUGGAUUGGCAGAUAUGGUAGCAGCUGCUGAAACUAUUACUACUGACUCUGAGAAAUAUGUUGAACAGUUGCUUACACUAUUCAAUAGAUUUAGUAAACUUGUCAAAGAAGCUUUUCAGGAUGAUCCACGAUUUCUUACUGCAAGAGAUAAGGCGUAUAAAGCAGUUGUAAAUGAUGCUACUAUAUUUAAACUUGAAUUACCUUUGAAGCAAAAAGGAGUGGGAUUGAAAACUCAACCAGAAUCAAAAUGCCCUGAGUUGCUUGCCAAUUACUGUGACAUGUUGCUAAGAAAAACGCCAUUAAGCAAAAAACUAACUUCUGAAGAGAUUGAAGCAAAGCUUAAAGAAGUGCUCUUGGUACUUAAAUACGUACAAAACAAAGAUGUUUUUAUGAGGUAUCACAAAGCUCACUUGACACGACGACUCAUAUUAGACAUCUCUGCCGAUAGUGAAAUUGAAGAAAAUAUGGUAGAGUGGCUAAGAGAAGUUGGUAUGCCAGCAGAUUAUGUAAACAAACUUGCUAGAAUGUUUCAGGACAUAAAAGUAUCUGAAGAUUUGAACCAAGCUUUUAAGGAAAUGCACAAAAAUAAUAAAUUGGCUUUACCAGCUGAUUCAGUUAAUAUAAAAAUUCUGAAUGCUGGUGCCUGGUCAAGAAGCUCUGAAAAAGUCUUUGUCUCACUUCCUACUGAACUGGAGGAUUUGAUACCUGAAGUAGAAGAAUUUUACAAAAAAAAUCAUAGUGGUAGAAAACUACAUUGGCAUCAUCUCAUGUCAAAUGGAAUUAUAACAUUUAAGAAUGAAGUUGGUCAAUAUGAUUUGGAGGUUACCACGUUUCAGCUGGCUGUGUUGUUUGCAUGGAACCAAAGACCCAGAGAGAAAAUCAGCUUUGAAAAUCUAAAACUUGCAACUGAACUCCCUGAUGCUGAACUUAGAAGGACUUUAUGGUCUUUAGUAGCUUUCCCAAAGCUCAAACGGCAAGUUUUAUUGUACGAACCYCAAGUGAAUUCACCCAAAGACUUUACAGAAGGUACCCUCUUCUCAGUGAACCAGGAGUUCAGUUUAAUAAAAAAUGCAAAAGUUCAGAAAAGAGGAAAAAUCAACUUGAUUGGACGCUUGCAGCUCACUACAGAAAGGAUGAGAGAAGAAGAGAAUGAAGGAAUAGUGCAACUAAGAAUAUUAAGAACCCAGGAAGCUAUCAUACAAAUAAUGAAAAUGAGAAAGAAAAUUAGUAAUGCCCAACUUCAGACUGAAUUAGUAGAAAUUUUGAAAAACAUGUUCUUGCCACAAAAGAAAAUGAUAAAAGAGCAAAUAGAAUGGCUUAUAGAGCACAAAUACAUCAGAAGAGAUGAAUCCGAUAUCAACACUUUCAUAUAUAUGGCAUAAUUUUGAAUAUCAUGGACAUUAUUAAGAACCAAGAUUUUGGAGUGCUUGGGCAGAAAGUUACAAGUUUGAGCUGGAGAAAGGUUUAUUUGGACUUUGAUUACAUAAAUAUGAAAAUCUCUGCCUUACCUUACAAAGUGACUCUAUUUUGCCACUCACAUUAGUUAGCAUGAUGGCAUUCCCUUCAUGUUGCGCACUCUGUAACAGCAUGCUGUUUUGUGGAGAAACUUGCAUUCAUGAAGAGCCCAUUAUGAACUUUUAAAAGUAAAUUUGAUUUUUACCCACCAGAAGAAAUACAGUUGGGAAGGGAGAGGGCGGGGUUCUUGUUGCUUUUUUCCUCUCUUAAAAAAAUGUACUUGCACAAGGAAGGAUAUUCAGAUAUUCAUGCACUGAAAAAUGCUGUUAUCUUUUGUUUUUUAAAAAAUGCAAUUAAAACUAGAAGUAGCACUCUUGGCCUCUUUUGAUGAGAGUGAGCUGGUCAAUACAACAUUGGGAGAGGGCAGAUGUAGGUGAGAAGAUAAGUAUUUCAUAGUAUCCAAUUAUUAGUUCAAACACUGCUUCGGUAUGAUAACUGGAUUUUAAUGGUGACCUAAAAAAUGAUAUUAAAUAUUUCCAACUUACAAAUGUUGGUGUUCUUUAAGCAGAAGACUGCUGUUUUAGUUGUUUGUUAAAUGAUAAGGAAUUUUGGAAAAUCUUACAUGGCUGGAGAGUUUGUUUUGAAAAAAAAUGAAGCUUAUAUUAAUUGUUGCUUCAGUUGUACAAAAGAAAUUUAUGGAGAGAGGUAGGUCAUUAUGACUACAGGGUCAGUACAGCAAAACAAACAUUAAGUGUGUCUGUCACUAACACACUUAAUAUUUAUAUACCUAGUAUUUAUUAUGCCAUAUCUAAAUUUAUUGAACACAAUGCAGAAAUCUCCUGCUGUGAUAUAAUACAGUUAUGGAACGGAUCUCUCAAUCUGUAGCAUAGAACUAUUUUGGUAUCUUAAAGUCUCAUGAUUAGGGAUUUUUACAGCCUCAGGUUUCUGGAAAGAAAGACUUUUAAAAAGUAAUAUCAGUCAUCUAGGAGAAGAAAAAAAAAACAUAAGACCUGAAAAGCAUAAGCAAAGUUAUUCCAGUCUUAAUAUGAGCAGUAUACUUGCCAAAUAUGUACAUAUAUAUUUAUAUAUUUUAAAAAUAAACAUUUUUAAAAUGUUCAGAAGGCAACACUUACCUUUUUACUUUCAGUCAAUCCAAAGCAGCAACUUAUUAGUUGCUGGCAACUGAAUACCCAGAGCAGUGCAAAUUUUAUGACUUGAGGACUUGAACAACUGAGAAGAACAAAACUAUUUCCAUUGGGGAAAAAAUGGCUCAACAUGGAUUUUUAUUCAUUGUGGUGCACGUUUCGAAUUUUCUUACAAAUUAUUUUAUAUCUUUUUGAUGUUCAGUAAUAUUUAAAAGUAUGGUUUUGAAAAUGGUAGGAAAUGGAGUGCUGAAAGGCAUCCAGUAUUAUAUUAUAGCAGAGUGCUUUUAAGAGCAUUUCAUGGAAUCUUCCCUAUCCCAAGAAGCUUUAUGAGCUCCCCAAUGAAAAGAAGGAAAGUCAAUUUAAAACAUUUAUGGGUUUGCUGAUUAUAAUCAAAUGCCUGUUCUGAAACUCAUAGGAAAUUUGAAUUUUGUUUAGAAUUUAAAAUAUACUUCAGCUCUAAGAUAGCAUAUGUCAAUCAUUAGAYCAAGAUAUUGUGAAGAAUUAAAUUUAAAAUUAGUGUUCAUUGUUUUCUCUAAUUAGAUGACUAACAGUGGAUGAAUUUGAAAUUUAGGAGAAAUAAUUUUUUAAUAACUGUGACCCUUAGGCUUAACAAAUAUUUUGGUAUUGCAGAUUUGCUUGUCCCAAUAGAAGAAUAACAAAGAAGAAACUAUGGGAGAAAAAUUUUAGGCCAUUUUUUUUUUUAUAUUUAAAUUUUGUUGUUUUAAACCAUAAUUGUUCUCAGAAUUUCUUUGGAAUUUCUAACAUUUUUGGUCAUUUAAUUUAAGAAUGAGAGCCAUAAUGCUUUGAUUUCUAAAGGCAAAUUUAAUGCAAAGUGGGUAAGAUUAAAUUCAUAGCAAAGUUUUCUAUUAAAUUUUUUUAAUAGAUUUUUUAAAGCUAAUUAUGUCCUGAUUGUAUUUUAGGGAUUAAACAGCAACAAAUACUGUACACUUACGUUUUCAUCUUUUUUUUUUUUUUUUGGUUACAUAUACACAAAAAUUUAACUACUUUUUGGUGUUUAUGAAAACCAUUUAGUUGACAUGGUGCCUAUACCAUUGUUGAGUUUUCUUUAAAUAUGUUUUGACAAUAGAUUUGCUAAUUUUAAAAAAUACAAUCUGAAGAGAAAAUUUUAUCAGCAAUUUGUUAAAGUAUACUAAUUGUAAUUGUGUACCUUUAUCAGGUUCUUUUCUCCAAUGAACACUUAGUGCUAUCUGAGCAGAAAUGAAACCUAACAUAGUUAAGGAAAAAGAAAACCCGUCCCCAACUUCACCACCAAAAUAUAAUUUUUAAGUUUUUUUUAUGAGUAGCAGGGCAAGAGGGCACCUCAGGUUAAAUUUUGACCACUCAUCUUCUGAUUUUAAAGAUAGAGCCGUCUGAAAAUGUUAAUCUUCGUUGCCACCUCAUUGCCAGAGUAAGAUAUGAAACAAUUUACAAAGUAAAAAUAUACGACAAUUUUGUUGCUUACAAUGAUAUAAUAAAUAUUAGAACAUAACUGUUCCAAUGAUUUGAUGAGGAUCUUGAAAUAAAUUCUGAAGUCUUCCAAUUUUUACAUUUAUUGGAGGGGUCCCCAAGUUCUUUCAACCUGUUUAUUUAAGUCCCUUGAUCUUAUUUUGUGCAUAAAUGUUAAAAUUUCCUAAAAUGAAAUGUUAGCUCUCUUCUUACUUUUUAUUAAAUUUAAUACAAAACAUGACCUUAGUUGUUAAGAAAGGAUUUUGCAUUAUUUGCAGUACGAUGUCAUUAGUCCUGCUCAAAGGGCAAAUUUUUAAAAUUCAGUUUGGGUAAAAGAUUUSCUAGUUUUAAAGAAAGAUUUGCUAUCAUAAACUUAAGCUGGUUUUUCKAUUUUCAUGUGAAUGACUGGGAUGCUCUUAUAAAUUCUUCCAAGGUCAUGUUUGUGAGAUAAAAAAAAUUACAUGAGAGCUUUCUUGUCAUCUACACUAAUGUCUUUUGGAGUGUUGAACAAAUUUURAGUUUCUAAGGUGUAAUCUAUCCUCAUAUGGUCUAUACGAUUUUGAAUGUGUGCCACUACAUACUGAGAUGAUAAUGCUGUACAAUUUUAAAUGGUAGCAGUUUCUGUAUGCAGUAGGCUGAAAUAUUUUGAUGAACUGCUUAAUUUUUGGAUUUUAUUUUUUAAGUUGUAUAAUUUAUUUUCUUGCAAAAUAAAAAUGUAAUAUAAAAGCUUUCACUUAUCC